AGUGAAUACGUGUACCUUCGCUGUGUUGUUUCGCGCAACGUCCACGGGUGACGGCCGACGGGUCGUCUCGUCGUCUGUCGUUUUACGUUUCGAUAGUGCGGUGACACGUGAGCUGUGUACGUGUCCCCGUUUAAAAGGCCGUCCUAGGGCGACGAUGAAACGCGGGCGUCGCCCGCGCGAUUUAUCCGCACAGUCCUGAUCCCGGAAGAUCACCGGUAGAAGAUCUCGCAGGUUCGCACUGUGUCCUCGGCGAAGACACCUCCGUCUGUUUGACCCGCGCGCAAGCAACCCGGAAGACUUACGGACGCGAUAUCUGCUACAUCAUGCCCUCCAGAAGGAACAAGGGUGGCCUUUUGGCUAGGGUAAACUUCCCUCUGUACACCUUACAGAUGCUCACCAGCAGGCACAUCCUGGUGGGCGGCGGUGGCGGUUCCUCCAAGACUGGCAUUGCUAAUGGAUUUGAAAUUUUUGAAUUGUCACACAAUGGAGUGCAUUUUGUCGCUGAGGAGGUCAUCAGGCACGAAACGGGUCCCAGUGUGGUCAUGAAUUGCGCCGCACACAAUAACGGCAAAAAGACAUGGAUAGUAGCUGGCCAGGAGAGUCAUUGUCAGCUGUACAAUGUCAAUUCUAAGGUGGUAACUUCAGAGAAUGGGGAAUUGAUCAGAGGACCGACAACAGCAGCGGCUAGCAAGGAUGGUCUUAGACACAGGAGGAACAGCGAGAGAGUUGAAGAAGUUCAGUCGCCUCCGAAGGAGCGGAUAGAGGAGAUUAAAGACGACAAUUCUAACGUCAAGAGCAAGAAGCUUCAGUUGAUUCUUAAACCUGCUGAUAGCGUGCAAACGGCUUUUGGGGAUGGUGAACCUUUGCAGAGAGUUGUUAGGGUGAACUUGCAGGGAACAAUUAUGGCUACGGGUGGCACGGAUGGUAGCGUUAAACUAUGGAAGUUUCCACAGCUGCACAAAUUACACAAUCUCGAUGCGCAUGGGAAGGAGAUAGACGACUUGGAUUUUAGUCCAGAUGGUGGUCUGCUGGUGAGCAUUGCCAAGGAUGGCAAGGCCUUCCUAUGGAAUGCGCAUGAUGGCACGAGGAACGGGGAGCUCACCUGGAUGCCGUCGGACGGCGCGAAGUACAUGUACAAGAGAUGCCGAUUCAGAAAAUUGGCGGAGGACAAAACGCGGAUUGACUUGUUCGUACUUUCUAACGCCGUCGCAGGAAAGAAUCCUAGUUUCCUUCAGCUAUGGGACGUGGUUACCGGGUCCAUCCUUAAAUCCGCCUCCUAUAAGGAGGCACUAUCGGCGCUGGCCGUUUCUGACGACGGCAAAUUCGUGGCCGUCGGCACAAUGUUCUCAGGAAGUGUCGACAUAUUCGUGGCGUUUAGCCUACGGAAGGCGCUUCACGUUCCCGGUGCACACAGCAUGUUUGUUACCGGUCUGGAGUUUCUACCAACCAAGCUGGACGGUCCCGCGAUUACGAGUAACACAGAGACCGCGGUCGUCAGUAUCUCCGUGGACAAUAGGAUCUGCGUACAUAGUAUACCAUUUAGACAUACACUGCCAUUCUGGUUUGUCAUCAUACUGAUAGCCUUAUGUAUAUGUGGUGCGUUUAUCCUCUGCAGUUAUCUCGGCAUAUGACCCACGAAAUGUGCAAUUGAGCCGAUAAAGCAGGACAUUGUCCUUUCUUAAUUAUUUUAUUAGGCCGAUAAUUGCCCGCGCGUGUACGAGAGAUUAAAAAUAAAUUCAACGCACUCGAUAAACAAUAGACGCUCAAGAAUCUUACGUUACAUUCGUAGGAUUAUUUGCAUCAAACCGCAAAUGCUAACAGCAUCUCGUAUGAUAGUUAGCGCUAUACGAAACAAAGUACAUUAUAAACUGUGAAUAUGCACAGCUUUAGGAUAAGAAUAUUCUCGAUUCAUUUGGCGAUUGUUACCGUACGAUCCUAAUAGUUGAAUUCAUUGAAUCAAUAGAAGAGUGUACACAGAACUUCAGGAAGCGUUCGCGCGAUUUAGAUAUAGACGUAAAGUCAGUCGGGGUGCUACUGUGAUAAAUGAACUACGUUGGAGUGCUUCAACAAGAUUGGGGCCGCACCAAUAGCACAUUGAUGUACAUAUAGAUAUUACAUUUUAUCAAUUUUAGCGCGAAAGGAAGGAUUCAAUGAGCGUGUCGCGUCGCGAUUGUUUCUCCUUCGCACACGCGCACGACCACGCUUAGAUAAUUUUGUUUAUGGCAAAUAAUUCGAGAUGUGCGUUUCUCGUACUUACGACAAAUGGCCAUAUUCUCUGUUUUUUUUAUAUUUACAGACAAAAAUUUGCAACUUAUUGCAUUUAUAUUUGUUGUAUUAUGUUUAAAAAAACUGAAUAUCUGCUAGUAUAUUUUUCCUGAUUAUAUGUCUCUCUUUUUCUCUCUUUUCCUCUUUGUCUGUAUUUUCUUUAUAAAGCAUGCAACAUGUAUAAUAAAUAUUCGUAACGAUCAACGCAAUCACAAUAAUUAAUCGUUGUUACGUUUCACUAACUAAGUUUAGGUGUCGUUAUUUAUUUACGCACUUUCUAAAAUUUCUUAAUUUAUUUUUACAACGCGUAUAUAUUUUUAUUGCAAAGCUGUUUCGACUAAUGAAGAUUUAUCUAAAUGAAAGUGUACAUGGAAACGUAUAUGGAAAUAUUUCCGCUCCGAAAAAUUGCAAUGAAUUUGUAAGCGUCUUGACCACUUAACUAAUAAUAAAUAAUUAAAUAAAUUUUAUCGUUAUUCUGAAA